AAUAUUGUUGUCACAAAAUUGACAAGAGAAUUAGUGAAUUACUCAAGAAGAACACUAAAAAGCGGUUGAGAAAACGUCAAUUACAAGCCAAAGCCGAAGCUGAGGGUGAUUUUAGUCACUUAAAAAAGAAGAAGAGCGCGCAAACGCUGGUGAUAAAUGACCAUCGGCAACCUACCCUCCCUAAGGUUGAUAAUCUCCUUCCUUCACAUCCCCUGUCGCAAAAGCCAACUCUCCCAGAGCCAGUGAGAAAGAACUUCCCGCCAAAUGGUCAAAAUUCUGCUGGUUUUCAGGGGUUGCAAAUUAGUCGUUCCAACACACCUAAUCAUCCGCCACAUGGUCAAAAUUCUGCUGGUUUGCAGGGGUUGCAAAUUAAUCGUUCCGACACAAAUAAUAAUAAUCAUCUGCCUUAUAAAAAUAACGCAAAGGUAUCUUACAAGUUACCUGGACCUGGAUACCCGCAACACCCACAACGUCCGCAACUUUACACCAGAAAAACUCCUGCUCCUGGAAUAAUACCACAACGUGGAUAUAAUAAUUUAGCGGCGAUGUCAGAACCUAUUCCCCAAAUACACGUUACGAGGUCGGAACCGACUUCUCAGAUACAUGCAGCGAUAUCAGAACCUAUACCCAAAAUAUACGUCGGGAGAUCAGAGCAUAUUCCUCAAGUAGAUGCAGCGAUAUCAGAACCUAUACCCAAAAUAUACGUCGCGAGAUCAGAGCCUAUCCCUCAAAUCAAUGUCGCGAAAUCAGAGCCUAUCCCUCAAAUCAAUGUCACAAUGUCUGAUCCCGUUCCUCAAGUAAAUGUCGCAAUGUCAGAGCCUAUUCCUUUAGUACCCCAAUCAAUUCCCCAAGCAUACGCUACAAAGUUUAAACCUGUUUAUCAAGCAAGUAUCACGACGUCACAAUCCAUUCCCUCCAUCGAGUUGCAAUCCACUUCUCAACAGCAAACAAAAUCAGUAGGAGCGUCAUACGAUUGUGUCGACAUAAUUGAUAAUUAUCAUAGUUACAGCGAAUCCGUUGAUGUGGAGCGUCGCCACGAGAACAAUUUUGCCUCAAGUUCGCAAUCACAUCAACUGCCAAACCAAACGGCGCUACAGGUUGAACAGUCGAUGUAUGAUUAUACGCAACAAGGAAGUAGUAAAGUAAUAGAAGAAGAAUAUUUUUAUGCACAAUGA